UUUUUACAGUAUGUGAAUAUAGUUUUCUGUGAUGGUACCUCAGGGUCUCCUUAUGUGUGUGUGUGAUUGGUGGGCGGGGUUUUGAGGUGUGAGUGAAGGACUGAGGGAAUGAGCUCGCGCUCGGCGUUGGUUCACCCGCGCGAGCGCUUUCAUAGCAACAACAACAGCGGUAGCGGCAGCGGCACGCGGACGGAGCGCAUGCAGUACCGGGGCUGGAUGUAGGAGGUGUAGGAGUCGCAGUGUUCAGCUGAGGAGCUCCGGGGGCUCGGCGGAGAGGCGCGCGCUGCGGGAAGCUCUCUGCGUAAGAAGUUGUGCAGCAUGUCCUGCACCGGGCCGGUGUAGAGCUUAGCUGAGCGGCGGCGGCGGCGGCGGCAGUGGCAUUAUGGAGCGGGAGGGCCGCCGGUUCAGCAGAGGCGGGAGUGAAGGUUCCUCCGGCUCUCCGACGCUGUCAGAGGGGGGCGAGGAAGAGACUCACCGCGGCCCGUCUCCACUUUCAGAGGAGCUCCAGAGUAUAGCUCUGAGUAGAGCGGAGGAGGAAUCAGAGAAUAUGAGGAAUGAAGACGAGCAGGAACGAGAAGAAGACCAGGAGGAGGAUGGGGACCAAGACGAAAUGCUGGAUAACAUCCUGUACCCCCCCUCCGUGGCCUUCCGCAAGACCAGCAACCCCGAGAUGUCCAGUGGCUCCGGCCUGGCGCUUAAAUUCAAACGACAGCUCAGCGAAGAUGGGAAACAGCUCCGCCGAGGGAGUCUGGGUGGUGCUCUCACAGGGAAGUACCUGCUGCCAUACCUGUCCACCCCAGGGGCAGAGAGCUCCAACCUGGUGCGCAUGCGUUCCCAAAGCCUGGGCAAGUCCGCUCCCUCCCUCACCGCCAGUCUGAAAGAGCUCAGUCUGCCCAGGAGAGGGAGCUUCUGCAGGACGAGCAACAGAAAGAGUCUGAUAGGGAGCGGACAGUCGACAGCCCUUCCUCGACCACACUCGCCACUCUCCUCACAUACAGGCACCAGUCCCCAGGACAGCCCCAGAAACUUCUCCCCCAGCGCUUCAGCUCAUUUCUCCUUCGCUCGCAGGACCGAUGGCCGACGCUGGUCCCUUGCAUCCCUCCCCUCCUCUGGAUAUGGAACCAACACCCCCAGUUCCACUGUUUCUUCGUCCUGUUCAUCACAGGAGAAGCUCCACCAGCUGCCCUUCCAGCCCACGCCCGACGAGCUCCACUUCCUAUCCAAGCACUUCUGCACUGAGAGCAUCGCUGGGGACGACCGCCGCCGCGCCACGCCCAUGCGCCCACGCUCACGCAGCCUCAGCCCCGGAAGAUCCCCAUCUUGCUGUGAUCAUGAGAUUAUAAUGAUGAAUCAUGUAUACAAGGAAAGGUUUCCUAAGGCCACGGCUCAGAUGGAGGAGCGCAUCCAAGAGAUCAUCAGCAGCAACUCCCCGGAGAACGUGCUGCCGCUGGCCGACGGAGUGCUCAGCUUCGCCCAUCACCAAAUCAUCGAGCUGGCCCGCGACUGCCUGGAGAAAUCUCGCCUUGGCCUCAUCACCUCCCGCUACUUCUGCGAGCUGACGGACAACCUAGAAAGACUUUUCCAAGAGUCCACUGAGCGAUCAGAGAGUGUUGAGGUGACCUUCAUUAAGGAACUGGUGAAGAAGAUCCUCAUAGUCAUUGCCAGACCAGCACGACUCCUGGAAUGUCUGGAGUUCGACCCAGAAGAGUUUUAUCACCUGCUGGAGGCUGCAGAGGGUCAUGCCAAAGAGGGGCGAGGCAUCAAGACUGACAUCCCACGCUACAUCAUCAGCCAGCUCGGUCUGACUCGAGACCCUUUGGAAGAAAUAGCCCAGUUAACAAGCUAUGAUAGUGGAAUUGCUGAAACCCCCGAGACCGAUGAUUCUGUGAGUUCCCAGAGCCUGAGUGCAGCGUUGAGAUCCCGCCGUAAACCCUGUGAGGUAGAUUUUGAAAUGAUCAAACUCAUCAGCAACGGUGCUUACGGAGCUGUCUAUCUGGUUCGGCACAAAGAGACUAAGCAGCGUUUUGCCAUGAAGAAAAUCAACAAGCAGAAUCUGAUGCUGAGGAACCAAAUUCAGCAAGCGUUUGUGGAGAGGGACAUUCUGACCUUCGCUGAGAACCCAUUUGUAGUCAGCAUGUACUGCUCUUUUGAGACACGCAGACACCUCUGCAUGGUCAUGGAGUAUGUUGAGGGUGGGGACUGUGCCACUUUGCUGAAGAACAUGGGUCCUCUGCCCGUGGACAUGGCUCGAAUGUAUUUUGCAGAGACGGUUCUGGCUUUGGAGUACCUGCACAACUACGGCAUUGUUCAUCGAGAUCUGAAACCUGACAACUUGCUGGUUACUUCAAUGGGACACAUAAAGUUGACAGACUUUGGCUUGUCAAAGGUGGGCUUGAUGAAUAUGACCACUAACCUGUAUGAAGGUCACAUCGAAAAGGAUGCCAGAGAGUUCUUAGAUAAACAGGUGUGUGGCACUCCUGAGUACAUCGCUCCAGAGGUGAUCCUGAGACAAGGCUAUGGAAAGCCUGUGGACUGGUGGGCUAUGGGGAUCAUCCUGUAUGAGUUCCUUGUAGGCUGCGUGCCCUUCUUCGGGGACACACCUGAGGAGCUCUUCGGUCAGGUCAUCAGUGAUGAGAUAAACUGGCCUGAGGGAGAGGACGCUCCCCCGGCCGAUGCCCAGGAACUCAUCACGCUCUUGCUCAGACAGAAUCCUCUGGAGCGGCUCGGCACUGCAGGAGGAGCCUAUGAGGUCAAGCACCACCAGUUCUUCCACAGUCUGGAUUGGAACAGUCUGCUUAGGCAGAAGGCUGAGUUCAUCCCCCAGCUUGAGUCUGAAGAUGACACCAGCUACUUUGACACCCGGUCUGAAAGAUACCAUCACCUGGAAACUGAGGAGGAGGAAGACACGAACGACGAAGACUUCAAUGUUGAGCUGCGGCAGUUUUCAUCUUCCUCACAUCGAUUUUCUAAGGUGUACAGCAGCCUGGAUCUGUCCCGUGGGCAACUGGAGGAGAAAGGAGAGCAAGCAGAGAAGAAGAGCGAGAGUCCUCUGACUGUGGACUCGCUCAGCUGGACUCCAGACUUCACUGACAUGCCAUCCCUGUCACAUUCAUCUGACACAGAGAGCACCAGUGUUGGCAGGCGUUCAGGCAUGUUGCCUAAGUUUGCCAUCUCAGCAGAGGUGGAGAGCUGUGAGGGCUCACUGGCUCUGGAUGACCCCGGCAAAGUGGCGUUCUCUGUCGGAGAUGAGCCUCAAGACGAGCCCGACGCCACCACCCCCUGCAGCACUGUCAGCAACUCCACUCUUUCAGGCAGUUUCUCUGAACACCUAGAUCAGCUCCCAUCACGGCCAGAAGGAGGGGAAAGCCCAGAUAGCACAUGCAAGCCGUCCACUGACAACAGUGCACAGGUGACCACCCUGAGACCUGAGGCCACGGAGAAGCCGAGCUCCGUGAACAAAGUCCCCAAAUCAGCCUCCGCAAGCGCACUGUCUCUCAUGAUCCCCGGAGAUGUUUUUGGCAUGUCUCCUCUGGCUAGCCCCAUCUCACCAUACUCGCUAUCAUCAGACCCUUCCUCCAGAGACUCCUCCCCCAGCCGUGACUCCUCCCUCUCUACUGCUGCCUGCUCACGUCAGCCAAUCAUCAUUCACAGUUCGGGGAAGAAGUUUGGCUUCACUCUGCGAGCGAUUCGAGUCUAUGCUUGUGACAGUGAUGUCUACACUGUCUAUCACAUGGUCUGGAAUGUGGAGGAUGGUGGACCUGCUCAUAAGGCUGGACUCAAGGCUGGAGACCUGAUCACUCAUGUUAAUGGGGAAACAGUCCACGGACUUGUACACACUGAAGUGGUGGAACUGCUGAUGAAGAGUGGAAGCAAGGUUGCUAUUUCCACAACUCCUUUUGAAAACACUUCAAUUAAAACCGGCCCAGCUAGAAGAAACAGUUACAGGAGCAAAAUGAUCAGGAGAACUAAGAAGCCAAAGAAGGAGAAAACACAAGAACGGAGACGAUCAGUAUUCAAACGAUUUGCCAUGCAGCCCUCUCCACUGCUCCACACCAGCCGCAGUUUCACCUCCCUGAACCGCUCGCUGUCCUCCGGGGAGAGUCUGCCUGGAUCCCCCACACACAGCCUGUCUCCCCGAUCUCCCACCACUGCCUUUCGGCCCACCCCCGACUUUAACCAGUCAGGUGGCACAUCCUCUCAGAGCAGUUCCCCCAGCUCCAGCGCUCCUAAUUCCCCUGCUGGCUCUGGCCACGUCCGGCCUAACACUCUGCACGGCUUGGGGCCUAAGUUACCUGGGCAACGCCUGCGUCAGGGCCGACGAAAAUCAGCGGGGAACAUCCCUCUCUCCCCUCUGGCUCGGACGCCAUCCCCGACCCCACAGCCCACAUCGCCUCAGCGGUCUCCUUCCCCCCUGCUGGCUCACACAGUCGGCAGCUCCAAGACCACGCAAGCUUUCCCAGCCAAGAUGCACUCGCCUCCUACGAUCGUCAGACACAUGGUACGACCUAAAAGCGCAGAGCCUCCUCGCUCCCCGCUACUGAAGAGAGUCCAGUCAGAGGAAAAGCUCUCUCCAUCUUACGCAGGAGACAAAAAGCAUCUCUGCACCAGAAAACACAGCUUAGAAGUAACACAAGAGGAGGCUCAGGGUGAGGUUGCACCUGGAGGAGAGCACACUCUACAGUGUGUGGAGGAAAGUUUAUGCGAACCUCCCACCAUCACUCGAGUAAGGCCUGCUGAGCAGGGCUGCCUCAAGCGGCCGGUCAGUCGGAAGGUUGGCCGUCAGGAAUCUGUGGAGGAUCUCGAUAAAGAGAAACUCAAGUCCAAAGUUGUGGCCAAAAGACAGGACUGGUCUGAGAGACGCGAGUCCCUGCAGAAACAAGAUGCUCUACAAGAGCCUGAGGCAUCCGUGUGCUCCCACACCAAUGAGGAUAAGGAGAAGGGGCUUCAUGGACGAGCCCCAGGAAGACCCCAAAGCAGUGCUGAGCCUGGCCCUCUUGAUGGUAAAGCUGCAAAUUCCACACUAAAAGAUGUCCUAUACAAGAAACUCAACACCAGGGCAUGUGAAAGCAUUGCAGAAUCUCUCUGCAGUACGGGGGACUGUGUCUCAAUCCUAAACGAAGGGGUAAGAUCGACCCCAACUCAAGCAGACAGACAACUCUCCAGGCAGAUUAAAGAGGGCAGUAAACCAGAUAGACUUGAUUUCAAAGCUCCCAACAUGGAGUUUGCCAGAAAGCGGCAGUCCUUUGAGGAACGUGAUGACUGCAUGUGUUGGAUCAGCCCUGGAGUUCAUGAAAGCCUUCACUUCAAUGCCACCAGAUCCAAAAGUCUCCAGCUUGACUCUGCUUUGAAUUUAGAUCAUACAAGUCAUACAAAAGGCACGAUGGGCUGUGUCCACUCAGCUUCUGGCAUCUGCACAGAGUCCUUGUGCCCUAAGCUUUUCAGUGGGCGGGGGGAGAGCGCAGUGGAGAAGCUCCAGAUGAUCUCCUCAACCGAGGGAUCCAUCAGAAAGACCUCCUCCGAGUACAAACUUGAGGGACGACUUGUGUCCUCCCUUAAACCUCUAGAGGGCACACUGGACAUAGGUCUUCUCUCUGGGCCACGAAUUUCUAAGACCGACACAUGUCUUUCCAAGAUGGUUGGAAGCCAAUCUGAUAUUGUUGGACUGUCAGGAGCUCCACAGAACCAGAAUGAGAAGCAGACGCUAAGCCCUCAACAGAAUGUCAUGAAGAAACAGACAUCUUCUCCACCAGUGGAAAGUCAUGUGGCAGCAGGUCAUGCAGCAAAUUUGACUUUGACCAGUGUCAAAAACACUGGAAAAGAUCCACCCACAUCAAACAGAGAUACUGUUGUUGCUUCCAUUAAGAGUGAUAGUAUCCAAGAGAUCCAACCAAAUAAACAAAGUGAAGGAAUCAAGUUACAGGUCACGUCCAGUAAAAUGGAGCAAGCGGACCCUUGUGGAAAAUCGGAGGCAAGGUUAAAAACAGCCCAGGAGGUGAGGGCUGCUCGACACAGCUCUCAUUUUGCCUAUGGGAAAACUCCCUCCAUCAGGGAGGUCAGCAAUGAGGAUCAAGAUGAUGAUAUGGAAAAUCCUGAGGAAAAACCUAGUCAGCAAAACAAGACUGCAGAUACAAAUAUACUCGUGACCUCAGAUUGUGUCAUAAAGCAAAAAAACACACCAGCGGCAUCGAACACUGGUGUUACAAAUAAAAAAGAUCCACAAGAUUUGACCCCAGCUACUCUAUUUAAUGGCCUGGUGAGCACGGACAAAGAUAAGGCAGCAAAAACCACAAGCUCAUCAGUGGUGGCUGAGCAGGUACAGCAGCCAAGGGCAGUUAAAGACAAAGCAGAGAGUGCAGAGACUCAAAUCUCAACUACAGCUUCAGCUCAGACUUCAAAACUUCUAAAAGAAGGCAAACAUCCAUUUAACUCAGCCUUGGAUCAAGAAAGUGUACCAGCAAGUGGAUUGGACAAACCAAGAAGCACCUCUCAAACCACAAAUUCAAUUUCGCAGAAGACCACCGUCCAAGACAGAGCAGGUAGCACAGCAGUGGAGUCAGAACAAGUUAGCUCUCAUGGCUUACUCAAAGAAAAGGUUGCUGCCAUACAGAGUUUAACUAUACAGAAUGUAACCCCCUCAGUUUUAUCCACAUCUUCACCAACGUCACCCGAAACAGUGAACCCUGUUAUCAAAAGCCCUCUAUCCCCAGAAUCUCCCAAUCCAACCAAACAGAGAAAACCCAACAACAGCAGCCAGUCUCCAAGACCUGCUCCUCUCAAAGCCAUGCCCAUAGUUGCUCCUGAAUCACAAAAGUCUGUAGAUAAAUCCAAAACUCCACAGAACUCAAUAGAAAUCAAGAUAAGCAGUACCCAAAGUGGAUCAUCCCAGCAAGUAUCUCCCAAAACGCUAACCACUUUCGUUUCUACCGACAAACAGACAAGUUCUGAUCUGCUCUUCAGAGAUAACUCUUUGAAAACGCAAAGCUUUUGUGCUGCUGUGGGAGAUAAAGGGCCUAAAUCUCAAGAUCACAAGCAAAAUGAAGACAAGUGUAAAAGCAAAGCAGAAAAGGAGCCCACGACCUGCAUAAAUCCAGUCAAAGAGACAAAAGAAGAGCUACAGAAAGUGCCACAAAACAGAAAAGCAAAAGAACCUGCCACUACUACUACUACAGUUACUACUACCACUACUACUACUACUACUACCACGGCUAUAUCAGCAAAGAGUGAAGGCGCGAAGAUGAUUGAGAGACAACAAGGGGUCUCGUCACUGCAUACAAAUACAAGUCAGGCACUCUCCAGCUCAGCAUCAAAGCAGGAUUCUGGUUCCAGUCCACCAAAGAUGAAAGGUAGAGACAGUAAGGCUGGCGAUACUACGCACUUUCAAUCUGCAAAUCUGCUGGAGGAAAAAUGUAAACUCUCGAUUGGGACUUGCCCAGAUGUUUCAAGCCCGAAGUUCAACAAGCCAGGACUUGGUGUGGGUGUUUGUGGGAAAGAUGCAGGAGGUCUUGCUCAGGCAGCGACAGUAAAACAGCCUCAACAUCCUCAACAGCCUCAGCAGUCAGGUACAGGUUCUACCGCCCCAGUCAAGCAAGGGUCCCUGAGUUCCAAGAACAAACCCAAGGUAGAAUCGCCACUAGUUACGUACCACGGAGGCAAGUCAAGUGAAGAACAUGACAGCAAGAAAAAACAGGAGAGCAAAGCUACAGUGCAGACCCCUACCGCCACUCUGAUUAAAGACAGCGUAGAUGGAAAACCAAAGGACCAGAGGGAGCCGACAACCCUUCCUGCAUCUAGAGCUCAUCCUCAGAAAGAGACUUCGAGCCAGGCUGGGUCUAAAGCUGCUUCUUCUGUGCCAGUGCUGCCUGUACCUGCUGUUAAAGUCCACAUACCAAGUGGAUCCUCUACAGUCAAGAGCACCUUUGGCACUAGUGCUGCUGCUGCUGCAGAGACGUCUGGACAGAGCAGUAGUAGAGUAGAGCCGGCGAAACCUAAACAUGUGGACACUUCAAAGCUGGACUCCUCACACAAAGCUCUCCAUAAUAAAGACUCUGCCAGAUCUGCGCCGCUGGCCAAGGAUGGUGGGGUGCCUGAGAAGGAUUCAGCUCGACCCAAGCAAUCGAAGGAUCAGCAACGAGGUUCUACUAAUAAAAAGUGAAAUGGGAGAGAUGGUGGUUAGAUGAUUGCCAAGUCAACGUAUUGUUCUGUUUUUUGUUUGUUUGGACAGCAAGGCAAUCAUGUAUAUAUGUAUUUUUUUGUUUGCUUGUUUUUUUUCUCCAGGCAUUCAUUGUAUCAUAUUGCCUUCCUUCCUUCCAAUCUUUUUUUUUUCUUUUUUUCUUUUUUUUUGUGGACCGGGGAAGCUGUUACUUCAGUGUUUUGCCUCAGUGAUGGCCGAGAAAAAAAAUCUUGAGACUUGCAGACUAGCCUCAGCGUUUGUGCGCUAAUCUCUGCUAAUCGUCUGGAUGUGCUCUGCUGAAACUGGUGGAUAGAUUGUGAAUGUAGACCUGAUUUGAGGACUAUGACGGUCUUUUGUCCCCCUCUCAGAGUCAGGACUGUAUUUUUUGUGCAUGGUGAGAUAUGAGUAGAAAGGAGUGUGCAAUCGAAUGAGAAUGAGAAUAAGCAUAAGCAUGGACAGAGAUCUCGAUGCCUUUAAAAAAAAAAAAAAAAAAGGCGUUGCUCAACGAAAUGUGCCAGAUGAGCCUGUGUAGGGUUGAUAAUAUGUGCAAAUAUGUGCGAAUACGGUGCAUUUCAGCAAAUUAUUAGCAUUUGUUUGUCAUCAUUUCAUCAUGUGAACAUGUAUUUUUGAAGGCUCUCAAGAAAAAAUAAGCAAAAUGCAAUGGUUUUACGCGCUCUACAAAAAAAGAAAACAUGUUUGAAACAUUUGUAGCAAUGGUGCUGACUGACCUCUCAGCACGCAAACGAAGAUACCACCAAAAUUUGUCUUUUCUCGUUCUUGUUCUUGUUGUUUUUGACCUUGUUCUUGACCUUACUUCGAGGCGAGGGAUUUGUGUGUGUGUUUUGCGGUUUUGUUUUGGGUCGUGGUGCACAGCGGGAACGCACUUUUGUCCUGUGCUUCUCACCUAGAACUAAUUUUAAAAUGGAAUCAUCUUACGGUUCUGGACUCAUAUCUAGUGGAAGGGGGGAGUUAGGGUGUGUCGGGCAGUGCAGCUUGCUGUUCUUAGCAGGUUGUGGCGAAAUUUGACAUUCCUUUCACGUACAUCUCUACAUACUUUACUAAAGAUUAAUUUUUAUGCAAUGUACUGUACAUAGAGCAAUGUUAAUUGUACAAAAGGGUGACCUGUGGAAUCAGCUGAAUGAAUAUAUGAGUGUUGUAUGUUUUAUAUGUAUAUAUUUUGCUAUGUCUUACGUUUGUAUAAUGUACUCGAUGCGUAUAUACAUAUACACAUAUAUCUCUGUGUAUAUAUGUAUAUUUAUAUAUAGAUAUCUGUUGCUCAGUGACUUUUCACCUGCGCAGUAAAUGUUGCCGUCUGAAAUAAGCUCAAUAAGUAGAAAUGUCUAGAAAUGGCAUGAGCGUAGUCUCGUUUCUGAAUGAGCCGUACUUGAAACAGUGCAGACACUAACAGCAGUAGCUACACACUCGUCCUCGAAUCCACCUUUUCAGUCCUAGUGAGCCUGUUUAGACGGCUGAAAGCACCUCGAAUGUGGAAACCUUACCUACCUUGACUGUGGCUAAUUAAGGAAUGAAAAGCUAACGAUGAUAAUGAUGAUGUCAGAGGUUUUUCAAAAGCAAAAAGAAAGAUGGAUGUAGAAUACUGCAAAAAAACAAAACAAAACAAAUAAGAAUAUAUACUAUUUUUAAAUUAAAAAAAUGAAUGUUUAAGGUUUGUUACUAUGCUUUAUGUUAUGUUACAUUACAUUAUGAGCAUUAUGAGUUGACAGGAUUCACUCUGGUUUCCCCACAUAAAUUGUUAGUUAUUUAAGGAUAUUAGGGCUAGCCUUUUCCUUUUCCAUCAGCCGCUACUGAGAGACUUGUUAAAAUGUGCUUAAAAAAAUAUAAAUAAAUAAAUAAAUAAAUGAAAAAGUGAGUACAGGAAUUGAGGCAGUGAGGACUUUCAGCCAGGAAAUAUAUAUAUAUUUUUGUUUGUUUUUUUUUUUUUUUUUGUGUUGUGUCGACUCUACUUGCGAUCAGUUGUGCAGUCCGUCAUGAACAUUGUGUAGAAGUUCUCUUCUCUUCAAGUGGGACGUGUGUGUAAUAAUUAUCUAGAGGCAUUUUUGCACUGACAGUAGACUUGUGUGUAAUACCUGUACAUUUGCAGUCACGACUGAUUCCUUCAUUCAUGCAUUUCACACACUGUAGAACUUGUGCCCAUGUCUUCUAUUAAUGUGGCCAUCAGAAACUUUCUGUGGAUGUUUAUUAAUAUUAUUACUAUGAUUAUUAUUAUUAUUAUUAUUAUUAUUAGCGCUUUGUAACAGUUUCACUUGAGCAGUGAUCUAAAGGCAAGUGACUGAAAAUGAGAGAUGAAAGAUUGAAUCUUGAAAAGCGAGUUUUUGAAAAUAGAAAGCCUGUUUGUCUGUUUGCUCUGGAUCACGUACAAUAACAAGUCCUUAUUUGUUUAUAUUUGCUAUAUACACCUAUAACUACGAUAUAUAGCUAUAUAACUUUAUUAGCUACAUACUGUUAAUGUCACAGAAAAAUGUUGUAUCUCAUUUUCUGCUGUUUUCCAAUUUUUUAGACAUAAUUUAAAUCCAGAAUUAGUGCUUUACAUUGUGUCCAAAUUUCAUGAACAGACCUUUAAAUUGAUUUAAAACAAUUAUUAAUUAAUUAAAAAUUGGACUUUAAUUAAAAGAUUAAUUAUUCAGUUAUCAGGCCUUAUGUAAAAACUACCCUGAUUUAAUAUAUCUUGUUGAGUCCCACAGGGUUCUAUUUUAAGGCCUAUACAAUUGACAGAAAUGUAUUUAUGAGUCUUAAAAAGGGGUAAAAAAAAAUGUGGAGAUACAAUGUUUUUGUGUGGCAGUGAUAAUAUAUGUUGACUAUACUAUGAUAUUAAAGUAAUACAGGACUUUCAGAUAUGAAAGAGCAGACAGUAAACAGAUAACAGCUGGAUAUAAAAGUUCUAGUCACGCAAUUCUGAACUGCACCAUGUGAAAAAAAAAAACGCGAAGUGAAUUUUCUACAGUAUCAGCAGAACCUGAAGUUUUUACUGUCCCUCAUCAGCUUUGCAGAAAUGUUGAAUUUUAAAGCCUGAGGAGACGAGAUGCACCUUAUUCUGAGUAACACACAAUAUACAUACAUAGUAUAUGUAUACAUAUAUACUGCGUUUCUGGACACAACUCAUCUUUAAAUGAGCAUAACGUGAACAUUAAAGAAAUGUGAAUGUUUAAUGGGGCAUAUAUUUGUGUCAUCUGUGUCAUAGCUAGUGUAGCCUAGCCAGCGUGAAUAUGGUCACAUGGUCAUGACUGAACCACAGAUGUUUAAUGGAUGGAUUGUCUCUCUGUCCCCAAGCCUUUUACUCUGACGACUGAUGUUUAAAUCCUUAACGAAGCACAUUUGAUUUUUUUGUUUACAGCUAAUUCAUGGAUGUAUAUUUUGAAUAUUGUGUUAUUAAUUUGCCAAAACUGUGUGUUGUCACAGGAAAUUACAUUGUGUGUGUGUGUGUAUGUGUGUAUGUGUGUGUGUGUGUGUGUAUGAGAGGCAUUCUUUCAGGUUGUGUUGUUGAAGACUUGUCAGUCUGUGGUAGCUAAUCUUUGUUCCUGUUUACACCUGCUCACUUCAUGUGUUUUGAGUAUCAGGAUUAUAUUUGGAUGAGACCAAGCCACAUACUAAUGUGGAAUGUGGUAGUGUAAACACAAUACUCAAUACGCAUUUAAAACGGAUUCAAAUCCAAUCACUCAAACCACUUCAGAUGAUCUGUGAUGUAUUUAAUACACCACAUAACACUAACACUAAUAAAAUUAUGGUGAAACAAGUGAAUUUGCUAACUCCGUCCCACACAAUAACCAGAUUUCAGUCUGACUGCGUGGAAACUGGCUGUUUAAAAUCUGACCAGAAUAAAAUCCACAUUCUUCUCACAUGAAGUGAGCAGGUGUGAACGGGUUCUAGCUGUUCUGAGUCUGUCGAGUCUAAAGGGUCCUGCAUAGUUCCUGCAGUUCUCUCUCUCUCUCUGUUUCUCUCUCUCAUUCUGGAGUGUGAAACUAGUGUUUUUGUACAUGACCCUGCUUCUCAUCAUUUGUCUUUUAGGAUCUGUGCAAUAAGAGAUGUGGUUUUGAGUUUUGUAUUUCACCCAAGGAAAUUCUAUGGAUGUCAUAGAUGUUGUAUUCUAUACAAAUAUUUAUACUUCUAAGGUUGUAUAAUACUGAAAAUAAAGGCAUGACAUUAA